AUGGUCAAGUUAGGAUUUGCAUUUAUUGCAGCUGUAGUCUUGUGUCUUUGCGGCAGCCAUGCUGCCAACUUACUGCCGGAAGAACUAGAUUCGCUGACAGAUUUCAAAUAUGGAAAUUUAAAGGACCAAAGAAGCCGUAGUGAAGCCCCUCAUGAGGAGGAUGCUGAAUUCCAAGAUGAUAACUUCAAAGAUUACGAUGGCUCAAAAGAGGAGCAAGGUUAGUUCACGGUGCUUAAUUAAUUCAGUUUCUCUUUUGAAAAAUACAAGCUUCAACGCACCAUCACGAGUACGAUACUGGUACAAAAUUCUUCUUCUACCUCUUUUCUCGAGUAUGCAUUUUCUUGACGUUUUGCUAUGGCCUGGGACUUAAGUCGUUUUUGUUUUAUUCGCCACUUGAUCACAUGACAACAGAAAGCAGGCAACGUCGAUUUAUUAGCGCCAGAUGUGGAGGAAAAACCUACAACCCGACAUUUCGUAUGUGCUGUGGUGGUACAAUAAAGUCAGGUCGGGAAUACGACUCGCGUGUUGCGGGACUCAAGCUUACGAUUCUAAUUUCAGGAUCUGCUGUGGUGGCACUGUACAAGUCAGGUCGGGAAUAAAACCCGCGUGUUGCGGGACCCAAGCUUACGAUGGAAAUUUCAGGAUCUGCUGUGGUGGCACUGUACAAUUUAGGUCGGGAAUAAGACCCGCGUGUUGCGGGACCCAAGCUUACGAUGGAAAUUUCGAAUCUGCUGUGGUGGCACUGUACAAUUUAGGUCGGGAAUAAGACCCGCGUGUUGCGGGACCCAAGCGUACGAUGCUAGUUUCAGGAUCUGCUGUGGCGGUAUUGUAAAAUUCAGAUGCUGA